AGAAUGAAUUAAGCUGCUACAAACUACAAACUUAGAUAUCCUACUUACCAUUUAAUCAUCAUUUAAAACUGAAAAUCACAGAAUAAUUCGUAAAGUCGUGUAUUGAUUUCGUAUCAGUAACAAUUCUACUUCAACAAUAUAACAUCAGUAACGGAAUAUAUUCUUGGUUAAGAUUUUUUUUGGGCACUGUUCUAUUAAAACGUAAAACAUGUCAAGAAGAAAUAAAAAUCUACUGAGGAAUCCAUGUGCAGAAGAGAAUCUCCCCAGUCGGUCAACAAGUCACGAACCAUGCGAGAAUUUUCAGCUGAUCUAUUUACCGGAGUUCGACAUAAGUGAGGAAAUACUAGAUAAAAAGCCACCAAUUCGGAUUAGAGACUGGUAUGGUGCUAGAAAUGUCUGUGGCUGUGAAUACACGAUCAGAGUGCGACUGUUAGCAGACGACAAAUCAACUGAACUGGACGUUUGGAACUUUGAAGAUACGCAAGAGGAAUGUUCCGGCUGGAAAAAAGUGAAGCACGUGUUUCAAGACUAUCCACCAGGUGUCCGUUACGUAGAGUUUAAACAUGGCGGGCAAAAUACAAAGAUCUGGACCGGACAUUAUGGUGCCAAAAUGACGAAUUCUGGAGUUUUUGUCGGCAAGAAAAGGGGCAACAGAAAGAAAAGGGCUGUGCGAGAAAAGCUUGGCAAAAAUUUGCUUAAGAAUCCAUGUGCCGCAUCCAACUUUGAGGGUUGGACUAUUGUCAGUGAUGGUGGGUGGGCCUGUGAGGAGAAGCCAUCUGGGUGUAAGCCAGUCAAAGAGGCUGAAGGUGAAUCCUGUUGGUCGACCUCUUACCAGGACUGUGAGAAGAAGCAGGUCAUUGACCUCGAUUUUGAAGGGUUCGAUUCUAACUACAUGGAUGAAAUUGGACCAAAGAUCAAAUUGAGCGAAUGGUAGCUACUUGAGAUCAUUUAUAUAAGAAUGCCCAACAGAUUGUUUUUGUUUUCUUUGCCUGUUUCUUAACAUCUGCAGUAUUAUAGUUUUGUGUAUCAAGAAACUUUUAGCAACACCCUUACUAACAUUAGUGAACUGCUGGACUAAACGAUUAGGGAGGGAAGAUGUAAAAAUUGGUAUAAAUGAAAAUUUUUUAAUGUGAUAGGUUCGGAUCGCGAGGAUAUGCGAGUUGUGUGUACUGGUUAACAGUUCGUCUGCUGAAUUCUGAUAUGAAAAUGGUUUACGAAAAGACGUUCAAGGAGACCAGAGUAGCUGAAGCUAAAGGAAAUUGGUAUAAGGUUGAAGGGAGUUUUGGAAGCUAUGGGCCCGGUGUGCGUUUUAUUGAGUACUCGCAUGGCGGUCGUGACACGUGCUAUUGGGCGGGAAAUUUUGGCGCUAAAAUCACUUGCUCGUUUGUAGCAGUCGUUGCAGAGGCAGAAACCUCGCCUUCAUCAGAUGAAAACUGAGAGCAACAAUUCAUGUGUUUAAAAUGAUUUAAAUGUUGAUUUACCCAUUGAUGAAGUGACAUUAAGAUUUGGCGUUUCAGUAAUUCCAAUAUCGUAUUUUGAACUUAUCUUCACGUACAUUUUACUUAACUCUUAUAUUUGCUACUUUGAAUUUUGAUGCAAAAUUGAAUGUUUUUUCAGUAUUUAUGUUAACUUGAGAAAAUAUUACUCUUACUUUGCUAGUAUUACUUAGUUCUACUCUUUGUUUAAAUAGAUAAUAAAUAUUUCUUUGAGUGUACACAAAUAAAUAAGAAUCCAUUUUGGAUAUAGUCAUACAUUACUUCGUGUUGGGAUAUAGUCAUACAUUACUUCGUGUCUCCAUUUUACACAUUGAAACCUACGGGUGAACAUUUCUGCCAACAUAUCCUUAUUUAUGUAUACUUAGGACAAAAUCUCAACCUUCUUACCAAUAAAACAAAAUAAUAUAUUCCUUUUGAAAUUGUUACUUGUCUGUUUGCUGUUUACGUGCGUGCGUGCGCGUGUGUGUUUGCAUUGUGUACGUGCAUGUCUGUGCUGCUGUGGUUUACGGCAUAGGGAGACUACGUUUUAGCAACGUGUUUUUCCUUAUGAAUAUUCAUCCUUCUUUUUUCCAUUUUUCCACUUCCCCCCAACACCCGAACCUUUUAUCUACCCCUUACCCCCACCGCCACCUUUUUCUGCAUUUUGCUUUUAAUUAAAAUGUACUCGUUGUUGGAUUUUUGAUGCAACCCGUCUACAAUAUUUUUUCCGUUACAGCUUCAUUUUGUUGUGGGCCUAGUUUGCGAUGCAUGACUCUAUGGCUGUGUUUGGGGCGUUUGUGCCUUCCGGGAAAUCUACCCUUACCUUUUAUCUUUUACUUGUGCAUAUUCUUAUAGUUUUAGUUUCAAAUUACAAUAUCGUGACAGUUUUUUGUUUUAACCCGGAACAAAUCAGCACCUUUUAUUGCAACAUAAUAGACAUGGAAAAAAAGCACUUCAUGAAACUAUGGUGAAAAUGUAAAAAUUUGUAUUGUUAAAAUCCGUUAUAUCCGUACAACUUACAUUUGUAUAUAAUAGUGCACAUAUUGUCUUAACGUAUUUUCUUCCUACAAUGUUGCUUCUUCAAUUUAAGUUUACAAUUAUUUCCGUAUUUUAAUA